AUGGGUUACUGGAUACAGCUGCAACCGCAGCCGAGGAACACGAUCAACGUUCAGCGAACGGAAAUGACGUCGAUCGAGUCGAGAAAUCGGAAUCUAUUCGAACCAAUUCACACGCCACUCGGCCCGUCGACCUACAAGUGUCCGAAUUGCAGUCGUUUCUACUUGCGGAUGUCGUGCUUGAAGCGUCAUAUGCGGGUCGAAUGCGGCAAGGCGCCUAAGUAUCAGUGCAGGAUAUGCCAGGGUUGGUUCAAGUACAAGCACAACAUGACGGCGCAUAUGAAGCUUCACUUCGAGGAGCCCAAGUACCAUUGCGAUGUGUGCUUGAAGAAAUUCUACAGGCGUGACCGUUUAGUGGAACAUCAGAAGAGGUUACAUAAGAUAUUCCCUGUCACAUGA